UAUGAUCGAGAAUUAUUGGAGCCCUGCCUUAGUAACGGGUACAUUGGAACGGAUCCGAGCACGCCGUGGCUAUUCAUUGAUGGCAUCUACUCCGGUGAAGGGACGGACAGUCAUCGAGCUGCUGUCCCAUCUCCCGUCUUCUGGAAACCCACGGUGGAUACGCUGCAUUGUCUCAAAUCCACGAUAUUGUUUCAUUUUGGCAUGGGCGUCUCCAUGACGGUUCAACACUACCCCGGUCUCGAGCUGCAGACCUCCACCUUUAUCAGUCGGGCCAGGCCACAUCUGCUGGUGCGCGUGUUGGAAGCCCUCUUUCUGAGCGAGGACGAGGAGGAUGCGACCAGCCUGAAGGAUGAGGUGCUGGUUCUACCCGACCGUCCAGUUGACUUCGAGUCACCUGACCUUCAGACCUCCGUGGAGGUAGUUGAUGGCCGUCGCGUGCACUUCCACGGUCGCAUCUGGCAGCGCGAAAACGAGCAAUGUCUGGCAGAAUGUGAUCAGGUUUUCAUGCUGACGGAAAUAACGCCAGAAUUAGCCACCGCUGGUAUUCAUCUGACCCGCACGAACCCACGGGUCUGCUUUCUCACCAGUAUCAGUCGAUCCAGUUGGGACGAAGCGGUGGAGGCCUACGAAGCCGUCAUUGGUCCAAAUCCGAGUCAUGGUCCAGUGGUUGACUUUUCUUGUUCUUACUUGGACGGUGAAACUAUGUCUGGCUUCUCCAUCUCCACCGGUCACCCAUCCCCAAACUCCAAGCCUGUAAGACCAUGGACUUCAAAUGGCGAUCUCUUGUUCAUGCAACUUAGCACUCUGCAACUUGUGGUUGAUACAUGCUGCCCGUUACGUUGGUUGGAAAUAUUUUUUCGCCCUCAUGUAACCUUGACCAUGCACGGUCGCGGCCAGUAG